AUGAGAGCAGGGUUUUGUGGCCACCUUUGCAAGCACGGCUCUCCAGAGCCCAGCGGGGCACCUGCGGCUGGCAGCGUCGGGGACGGGCCACAUCUGUGCCUGGCACGUGGAGUACCGGGGUGCCGGCAGGGACUGACCGAGGGGCUGCCCCAUGUGAAGAAACUGCUGCUGCGUGUCCGGUUUACUCCUCCAUCAAACGGACCUGCGGAAGCGAAGCAGCCCAACUCUGCCAUCCAGCAACGUGUUAGCAUCCAGCUGAUCCAGAACGGCAGGAAAAUAACGGCCCUUCUUCCCAACGGUGGUUCCCUGAACUUCAUCAAGGAAAGUGACGAAGUUCUGGUUGCUGGCUUUGGCUGGAAGGCUCACCCUGUUGGCAACAUUCAUGGGUUCAAGGUUGUCAAAGCAGCCAGUGUUUCUCUGUUGGCCUUGUACAAGGGCAAGAAGGAGAGACCAAGAUCGUGA